AUGACCUGCAGCUCCAGGGUGACCCUGUUCCUGUGUCUCACAGCCUGGCUGAGCCUCCAAGUCUGGCCAGACCCCGUGUUUGAAGGAGAUGUCCUGACUCAGCAAUGCCAGGGAAGGAGGAACGCAGCCCUGUCCCAGGUGAAGUUCCACAGGGACAGGAAACUCCUCCGUUUCUCUAAGGACAACCAGCCUCUGUCCACGGGGACGGCAACAGUGAAGAGCAGUGGCCGGUACAGCUGUGCUGGGCAGGUGACCUCCGGCCGACAUGUGAACAAAUGGGCCUCAGGGACUGUCAUGGUCCAAGUCCAAGCUCCUGUGUCCAGUCCUCUGCUCACCCUGAGACCCAGGCCCACUGGCCUCGCUGUGGGGUAUAGGGUGGAGCUCCUCUGUGAGGCCCAGAGGGGCUCCCCUCCCAUCCUGUACUCAUUCUACCUCAGUGGGGAGAUGCUGGGGAAUCACAUGGCCCUCCAUGGAGGAGCCGCCUCCUUCCUCUUCCUGGUGAAGUCAGAGCAGGAUGCUGGGAACUACACCUGCAAGGCCAAGAACAGAGUCUCUGAAGAGACAAGCAAGCCUGAGACCCUCUCCGUGGAUGGGUACCACGAGCAGCACAACCAGCCCACAGAGGGGUUCAAGGCUGUGGGCACCUAG